AACUAAAAUGAUGUUAAUUAAGUCUCAAUAGCUGAAACAUUCUUAAAUCUAAAUUAAAAUUCUAUUAUAGUUUCUUAUUAUUCAUUUGUUAUUGUGUUAAACGUUAUAUCUAAUAAGCGCUUUAGCCACGCCUUUUAAAAUGAGUUGACCUUUAUUUUCUGACCUUGCUUUAACUGUAGAGUAUGUUAAUGCUUUUUCAGGUAAAAAUGGCCGCAAACCUUAAGAAGUGUACGCAGUUAACUGGAUUAGCUGUGGCUAAAAAUCCGCAUCGUGUGUUAACGAGUUACUAUAACAAAAUACUACGUGCGUUGGAAAAUAUACCCGAAGGUGCAGCAUAUCGCCAACAUACAGCAAAAUUAGUAGAAGAACGUCUUGCACUUGUAACUGUAGAAUCUGAUGUAAGAAAACUGGAGGAAAAAAUUAAUGCUGGCCAAGUUGAAGAACUCAUACUUCAUGCAGAAAGAGAACUUAUGCUAGCCAGAAAAAUGAUAACAUGGAAACCCUGGGAGCCUUUACAGACAGUACCUCCUUCUAAUCAAUGGAAAUGGCCUAUUUAGAUAUCAAAUUUUAUUUCUUGUAGUUUCUUCCACUUGAAAAUAACGUAAGAAAUCGUCAUGUUAUGUUAGCAGAAUUAAAACGAAUAUGGAGUAUUGUUAUUACAUCAAACUUUAUGUUUUAUAUACUCAUACACACUAAUAUAAUAAAUUUGGAAUUUGGAAAUUCCGUUUUCUGCGUUCAACUUUCAUAUAUUAGAAAUAAAUUAAUAUCUAGAACCGAG